AAUCAGCAUCUCAUGUGAUAUUCCCCAUCCUGAAGAUUACAUAUGUCUGAAAUUCUAUUUUGAGGAUGCUGAUCAAGUAUGCAGAGGACUUUUGCUGGUUCUUCAACUUGAAGAUGAAUUCCAUGCACAAAAGAGCUGGACUCAUCAGUGGGACAUAUUGAACAGAAAACAAAGACAUGCUUCUGUGUUUCUGUAAAAAACCUAGAUAAAGCUGGAUAGCAUAAUGAGAUUCCUCACAAAUAUCUAUGUCUUUACUUGUGCCUUUACAUUCACACUAUGGAAUAACAUUCAGCCAACUGUAGAAGAUGAAUUUAUUGCAAAUUAUUCAAACAGUUUGCUAGCUAAUGUUCCAAAAAACAUUCCAGUCUGUACUCAAGUAUUAGAUUUAUCACAUAAUAGGAUCUCUGGACUUAGUACCUCAGAAUUUAUUCAUCUUUCGGACCUUCAAGUACUAAAUCUUUCUCAUAAUCUAAUUACGGUGCUUGACUUUAGUGUCUUCAUUUUUAAUGAAAAUUUAGAAUACUUGGAUUUAUCUCAUAAUAACAUUUCAAAAGUUUUCUGUCUAACACUUGCAUAUCUUAGACAUUUAGAUCUUUCUUUCAAUAAGUUUACUGCCCUGCCCAUCUGUCAGGAAUUUGGGAACAUGUUUCAUUUGGAGUACCUUGGAUUAAGUGCUACGAUGAUAAGAAUGUCAGACUUCAGGUAUAUCAAACACUUGCAGCUGCACACUGUCUUCCUGAACUUGGGAAACUUUUCACUGUAUGAGCCUCGGAGUCUGACAGUCUUGACUACAAGGAACCUCCACAUCGCUUUUGCAGCAAACCAAAACUUCAUUUUUUCUCUCCUGUACGAUGGAAUGAGCACUUCAGAAAACUUAAAAAUAGUUAACUUAAGAUAUACCUUGAGUUAUAAAGACUUCCCCUCUCCAUCUUUAAUGCUUCUGAAGAAAAUCAAGACAACAACUCUCACACUUGAUGCGGUGGACUUACAAUGGGCUAUAAUCCUGCAAAUUUUUCUUCUUAUUUGGUAUUCACCUGUGGAACAUUUGACUGUGAGAAAUUUGACUUUUAGGGGACCACUGGAGGAGCCAACUGAAUAUGCAUUUCUACCCCUAUUAAGCUCUGUGGAACAAUUAAUCUCUUUGGAUGGCACCAUGAAAGCAUUAACUUUGGAGCAUGUUCGUAAUAAGGUUUAUUAUUUCAACCAGGAGAUUCUAUACAGACAGUUUUCAGAGAUGAAUAUUGCCAAUUUGACAAUAGCUGAUGCAUAUAUGCCACACAUGCUUUGUCCCAAUAGAACAAGCUCAUUUCAGUAUUUAAAUUUUUCUCACAAUGCCCUGACAGAUGAGUUGUUCCAGAAUUGUGGCACUCUCAUGGAUCUGAAAUUACUUAUUGUGCCCUGUUCUGGGCUAACCUCAGGGCAGCCAUUAACAUUAACCUGCCAAUAUCCAGUGAAGCAAAUGAGUAGGAGAGUUAUGUUACACCUAUGA